AUGGAGAAAAGUGCACAGGAAUCGGAUGUCCACUUGGUCGAUGAGGUGCCCAUUUUUCUACCAUCAGCAUUCUCACCUUGGCGUAAUCAAAAGGAGUUUAUUACUGGCAAUAAGCCAGCAUUUGCUCUCCAGCCGUCCGGAGAAAUCACAACAACAAAAUCACAAGAUAUCUCCGAAGAAGAUAUAUCGAAUUCUCCGUUAUACCAACCAACUUCCCCUUUCAACCACCCCCUGGUAACAGUGAGAACUGACACGGCCGACGACAAACGCGCAGCUCGGCCAUUAGAACACGGCAUGCAGCCUAGAACGGAAGUUGGUAUCGCAGCUGGUAAUUCUGGUAAUUCUGGUAAUUCUGCUGCAGCUAAUCUUGAGAAACCUGGACCCCUGCGCCGCACAAGAUUCAAAGAAAUGUUGGAUCGCUCUCUUCCCACAACGCUUUUCAAAAGCAAUUCUUUCUCUCGUAUUAGUGGCAAUUACGACGAGAUUAGAGAAGAUCACCAAGCCGCACCGCCACAUCGCGAGAUGGAGAAUCGGGAUGCGGAGAAUUAUCCCAUGGGCUCGGUCAACAACGCACGCGAAAUCCCAGAAGAGAGCUGUACGAGCUCGGAUGAUAGCAGCGACAUCGAAAUUGACGAUCUCGCUGCGCGAUACGAGCGGCCACCCCUCGACUGCCACUCAAGGCGGGAUGUGUACAUCAAGCAUUGGAGCUGGGAGUACAUCGUUCUAGCUUUAUUGUCCUUGUACUCUACCCUUCUAAGCGGAUUGUGGUUUAUAACUUCCAUCUACCAGCCGCGAUAUGGAAGAGGCAUAUCAUCUAGCGAGGGGUGGAAGAUGGCACCCUCGACAGCCACCCUCGUCUGCACCUUGGUCGCUAAGACCAUUGAAAUAUCCUUUGUCACGGUCUACGUCGCUCUUCUCGGCCAAGUCCUAACUCGAAGAGCUUUUAUCAAAAGGGCGAAGGGCGUUACUCUUGCCGAGAUGACGAUGCGGAAUUGGGUCAUCCAACCGGGAUCUUUACUUACUUAUUGGGAAGGAGUUCCUUACGCGGCGAUGACCCUCUUAGGUGGUGUGAGUCUUGUUGCGACUCUCUGCUCCCUGUUUUACACUACGGCGUCGGACGCCUUGGUAAGUCCUAAGCUUAUGUUUGGUCGGUGGGAGAAUCGCGAGCUGGAAGGGCUGGUGAAAGCUUCUUAUGCGAACCCUUUCUACGUACAGAAAGCUUGCUCGACCCCCAUUGACUUGAGCAUGGACCCGAACAAUUCGGCGCCCUCUUGCCUCGAUGUCCAAUACUCGGGACAGUCCUAUCAUAAUCUACUUACCUUCAUGCAUGUCACACCCCCUCAACACUACCAACCUCUGGCUAACAGCCCAUCCAGGACAGAAUGGCAAGCCAUCCACGAUAAUAAGACUUCGAGGAUGGACAACCUCGCCUCGAGGCCUGUGGGCAGGCAUAGUCUAUUCGACAACACAACAAUGGUAUCAUCUUGGAUCGAGACCGAUUUCGGAAACCCGGAGCUUAAUUUGAAAUCCCACAACAGGAUCAUCAAUAAUGUCACGCUCGCGAUGCCACAUGCGGGCGUCUACUUGGCUGCGACAGACCCGCGCAACGACAUAUUGCAACCUGACGAUCUGGCUGGUGUCGGUGAAUACUCGAUCCGUGCCAGCGUUGUUUCACCUGUGGUCAAUGCCAUGUGUGUCAACAUGGCCCACGACGAGCUAGCACCUCUCAUAUACACCACUUGGCCUGAUGCCCGAACGGAGGACACCGAGAUACCCGGGCAGAAAACCGGCGUGGAAGAUUGGUUCAAUGAUGUCCCACCCCCGGCUGACGACGAAUGGCUCAACAGGACCGUAGUCGAUGACAUUUUUCGAUGGGGUCCUAAGUACCACCGUCGACCCCCUGUUUUUCAACUAUUCCCGAUCGACUAUAACAUGAUCACCAAUACUUCAGUCGCCAACUCGGAGUCUCUAUACGUAUUAGCCAAGUCGAACGCUAUUGCCGAAUACACGCUCUGUGAGAUGCGGUCGUGGGUAACACCAAAGUGCUCGACUCGAUUCGACGUCUCGGGCAUAUCCGGCGGCUUCAUGCGGGCACAUUGCGAGGACCCUGAGGACACGGACUCGUACUUCGCCGCAUCGGGCAACGACGACGUUAAUAACCCCCCCGAUCCCUCUAUCGACUGGAGGAACCUAGCUGAGCAGUGGCGCCUUUCCAUGGAUCUUAACGGUGGCGUGCAGAACAAUAAUGCGAGCAACGCGCGCAUCAUGACGAAUUUCAUAUUGCGCGAAGCGGCACUUAACCCGCUCCUACCCUCCAUAGCCGAAGCCCUAGCAGUACUAUCCUCAUCGACUCUUGUCGCCGGGACUCUCGGGUCGACUUACCGCAUGAUCUGGGAUUAUCCGAAGGUCGAGAUGGACCCGGGCGUCUACGAGACAUUCAAGGCGUCUAUGCGUACCCAGCAGUAUACAUCUUCACACGUGCAAAAAUGGCAAGGCAUAUUCUACGCCGUGUUGGGGACAGUCUUCGCGAUUAACGUAGCAUGUCUGCUUUAUCUCGCCUUCUUCCGCCAAGGGCUCGUGAGCGACUACACCGAGCCCCAGAACCUAUUCGCCGUCGCCGUCAACUCGCCUCCCAGCGCCGCGCUAUCGGGGAGCUGCGGCCACGGCCCGGACACGGCGGGGCUGGUGGUACCCUGGCGCGUGAAUUACUCGGCUGCCGCUAACCACUAUUUCUUCGAGGAGGUGAGCAGUAAUACUAAGAGUCGCGCCGGCACCCGCAUGAGCACGGCGAGUGGUUCCGAUCUGUUGCCGGAGAAUGACAGCCGGCAUAGGGGUAAUAAUUACAAUAAUUACAAACGGCUCAGGGAAAGCAAGUCUUGGUUUUAA